GAGCCGCCCGUCAGAGGAAGGACGUGAGCUGCAGGAGGAGGAGGCUCCAAGGGGUCUGCUGCAAGUUUUGUAAAAAGGAAAAAAAAGAAGAAAAAAAUAGAAAGGAACUGCUUCGUGGUUUGAAAAGCACCCGGUUGCCCCCAUGCAACGUCUGUCAGCUGCUCUUCAACAGUAUCCUCCCGAGCUGGAGUGUGAGUGAAUGCGCCUGCUGCGUUAUUGCGGGUAGACAACCACGAGAUUGUUUUCUCGACGUUAUCGAUUUGUUUAUUUUGUUUUUAUCUGCGUGGUUUGGACUUUCCACGAUCCGGGACUUGGAAGUUGCGACAGGAGACGCACGCGCGGCGUCCUUCAUCCCCCCACCGGCACUCUGGAUAAAAGUUGCUUGUUUGUUGUUUGUUUGUUUUUUGGGGAAUUCCGUUCAAAAUAGCAGGAAAAAACAAAAUAAGGGAGACAACAUGUCGCUGAGCAGAAGUAUUGAAUUUGAACACUUUGAGGAACGAGAGAAGCCGCACCGGACGCCGAAACCCAGCUCCGGCUCCGGGUCCCAGUCGGGCUCCAGAGGCAACGGGCUGGUGCCGAGCCCCGCGCACAGUGCGCACUGUAGUUUCUACCGCACGCGCACCCUGCAGUCUCUCACCUCCGAGAAGAAAGCCAAAAAAGUGCGGUUCUAUCGCAACGGAGACCGGUAUUUUAAAGGAUUGGUGUACGCGGUGUCCGGCGACCGGUUCAGGUCUCUGGAUGCCUUGCUCAUGGAGCUCACCAGGUCCCUGUCCGACAACGUCAACCUCCCACAAGGAGUCCGGGCGUUAUACGCGUUGGAUGGGGGCAGGAGGGUCACCAGCCUGGAGGAGUUGGUGGAAGGCGAGAGUUACGUGUGCGCCUCCAACGAGCCGUUCCGCCGCGUGGACUACGCCAAGAACGUCAACCCCAACUGGUCGGUGGGCUGCAAGACCGGCACGUCCCGCUCCCUGUCCUCUCUCAACCCACUGAAGGGUGAGCUGCAGCACGAGGCCAAGGACUUCAUCAAGCCCAAGCUGGUCACCGUCAUCCGCAGCGGCGUCAAACCGCGCAAGGCCGUGCGCAUCCUGCUUAACAAGAAGACGGCACACUCCUUCGAGCAGGUGCUCACCGACAUCACCGACGCCAUCAAGCUGGACUCCGGAGCCGUGAGGAGGCUGUACACCUUGGAGGGCCGGCAGAUUAUCUGCCUGCAGGACUUCUUUGGGGACGACGACGUGUUUAUAGCGUGCGGCCCAGAGAAGCACCGCUACGCUCAGGACGACUUUGUGUUGGAUCACAGUGGUAAGGCUUCCACAGCCUUUAUGACUGAAUGCAGAGUGCUGAAGACGUCGCAAGCCCGCUCGGCCGCUCCGAAACGGGGCGCCAAGAGCCCCAGACUGUCGCGGCGCAGCAAGUCCCCGGGUGCAACGAGACGACCUGUCCACUACUCCACCAGCCAGUCUCCAAUCAAAUCCCCAGUCAACGGGGCCUCGAGCAGCCAGAUCUCAACUCCGAAGUCCACCAAGUCCUCCACUCCGUCUCCCACGAGUCCCCGGACCGUCCCCGGUUUUAAGAUCCCUCCGUCACAUUGCAUCUCGUCCUCCAAUGCAAAUGGGUCCUCAAACAGCCACCAGGAGCAAAGUGAUCGCCUGAGUCCAGAGGCAGUUAACGGAAACUGCUACACGCCCGCCGCAGCCGUCUUGGACAAAUACGAUAUCGGCAAGGUCAUCGGAGACGGAAACUUCGCCGUGGUCAAAGAGUGUGUGGAUCGGUCCACGGGAAAAGAGUUUGCACUGAAGAUUAUCGACAAGGCCAAGUGCAGCGGAAAGGAGCACCUCAUCGAGAAUGAGGUCGCUGUGCUGCGGAAGGUGAAACACCCCAACAUCAUCAUGCUGAUAGAGGAGGUGGACACUCCCUCUGAGCUCUACCUGGUUAUGGAGCUGGUCAAGGGAGGGGAUCUAUUCGAUGCCAUCACCUCCUCGGCCAAGUACACGGAGAGAGACGCCUGCGUCAUGGUGUACAACCUCGCCGGAGCGCUGAAGUACCUGCACGGCGCCAGCAUCGUCCACCGAGACAUCAAACCAGAGAACUUGCUGGUGUUUGAAUAUCCAGAUGGCACCAAGUCGUUGAAACUGGGGGACUUUGGUCUGGCCACGGUGGUGGAAGGACCUCUGUACACCGUGUGUGGGACGCCCACUUACGUGGCUCCAGAAAUCAUCUCGGAGUCUGGUUACGGUCUGAAGGUGGAUGUCUGGGCUGCGGGUGUCAUCACUUACAUCCUUCUGUGUGGAUUCCCUCCAUUUAGAAGUGAGAACAACCUGCAAGAGGAUCUGUUUGAACAGAUCCUCCUCGGGCGACUGGACUUCCCCAGUCCUUACUGGGACAACGUCACUGACUCAGCCAAGGAGCUGAUUGGAAAGAUGCUGCAGGUCAACGCUGAGGCUCGAUACACUGCACAGGACAUCCUCCGCCACCCAUGGGUCACGGACGACGCGGUCACGGAGAACAACAUGAAGAUGGAGGUCACAGGUAAACUGAAGACGCACUUUAACACUGCACCUCAGUGCAACAGCACCACGGCUGGAGUGUCCGUCAUCAUGGUAAGCACCAAAAAAACACAUUUCACAAUUCAGUAAAUGGCGCUGUUAUUAUUUUAGAGCGAUCUUACAGCUUCAUUUGGACCUCUUUAAUCUGCUGUAUUGAUGUGGGUUUGAUAGUCAUUGAGAAGGUGUCUGAGGCACAGAAAAUUGAGCUCCUUCUAAUUCAUUUUUAUAUGAAUCUUACGCCCACUUAAUCACCAGUCUAAGAAUAUCUGACCUCCAUCAUCGUCUGUGAGGAUAUUCAAGACAGCCUUGUAAACAGCUCGUACGACUGUAAACCCGUGAGACAUGAUUUUAGAGAUGGGAUGAUGGAGAGAACUAGGACAGGGCAGAACGCAUGGUCCCCGUGGCACGUCCCUCCUUCCUGCAUCACUUGCAUCAUUUCCUCCUGCUCAGUUUGACCUCCUCCACCCCUCAUCUCAUCAGUUCACACCACCCAUCAGCUGGCUCUCCUCAGCCGGCCCUCCUGAUCUGAAAGCAGGAAAGGGGGCGUGAGAGAAAGUGUGUCGUUAGAAACUAGAUGUCCUCCUGUCUGCAAAGAGCCUCAUUUCUUGUUGUGAAUUUCGUU